AUGUCGGAAAAAGAGCCCACCAAAGCCAUCGAAACGGUCGAGCAAAAUGCUGCCUCCAACGACCACAACGAGAACAUGUCUGCCACAGACGAUAUCCACGCGGCGGGCAAAGACACAACAGCCCGCGCCACAAGCGUCCCCGGCGAGCCUCUCACAACGAAAGAAGCCAUCUCCAUCGCCCAAGCCGGAGGCUGGGAAGCCGACGCCCUCAUCGAACAACUCGACAAAGAGCUCGCCGCAGACCCACGUCUAACCAAGAAAGGCAUUUUCGACCUCGAAUUCGCCAAUCCGAAGUAUUUCACCUAUAUCCUCGUCGCCUUCGCCUCCAUGGGAGGCCUCCUCUCAGGUCUCGAUCAAUCUCUCAUCUCCGGUGCAAAUCUGUUCCUUCCAGACGACCUCCAUCUUUCCACACACCAGAAUUCUCUUGUCAACGCUGGUAUGCCAUUGGGAGCGGUCGCCGGAGCUUUCAUUCUGAGUCCAUGCAACGAGUACUUCGGCCGAAAGUGGAGUAUCAUCAUCUCGUGCAUCCUGUACACCAUCGGCGGAGCUCUGGAAGCGGGAGCGAUGAACUAUCAGAUGAUCGUAUGGAGUCGCGUCAUCUUGGGAAUGGGAGUCGGUCUCGAAGGCGGUACUGUUCCAGUUUAUGUGGCCGAGACAGUGGAGCGAAGAAUGCGAGGAAACAUGGUCAGUUUGUAUCAGUUCAACAUCGCUCUCGGCGAGGUGUUGGGCUAUGCAGUCGCUGCAAUGUUCGUUUCUGUUCCUGGAAACUGGAGAUAUAUCCUCGGAAGCUCCCUGGUGUUCUCGACGAUCAUGGGAAUUGGUAUGUUGUACAUGCCUGAGAGUCCCAGAUGGUUGUUGCACAAGCACCGCACCCUCGAUGCGUACAAAGUUUUCAAGAGGAUUCGAGGAAGCACGUCUAUCGAGGCAAGAGAGGAGUUCUUUGUGAUGAAGGUUAGCACAGAGCAAGAGCAGGCUGAAGUCGCGGCUGGAACUGGCUCGAGGAAAGCACCUUGGCUGGAUCUCUUCACAAAGCCUCGUGCUCGCCGUGCGCUUGUCUACGCCAACAUGAUGAUCUUCUUGGGACAAUUCACUGGAAUCAACGCCAUCAUGUACUACAUGUCCGUCCUCAUGAGCCAAAUGGGCUUCGACAAGUACCAAUCCAACUACAUGUCCCUCGUCGGCGGCGGCGCACUCCUCCUCGGUACCAUUCCAGCCAUCUUCCUCAUGGAAACCUGCGGGCGACGUUUCUGGGCUAUCGCCAUGUUGCCCUGCUUUUUCGUCGGACUGGUCCUGAUCGGAGUGAGCUAUCACCUCCCAGUCGGUAGCUCUGCUUCACUCGGAGUCUACUUCACUGGCCUCAUCACCUACGAGUUCUUCUUCGGGUCAUACGCGUGCCUUACGUGGGUCGUGCCGUCAGAGAGCUACCCCACUUACCUCCGUUCAUACGGCAUGACGACCUCGAGUGCGCUGUUGUUCUUGUCCUCUUUCGUCGUGACAUACAACUUCAGCGCCAUGCAAGAUGCCUUCACCCGGACUGGAUUGACACUUGGAUUCUACGGCGGUAUCGCCGUUCUGGGCUGGUUCUAUCAGAUCUUCUUCAUGCCCGAAACUAAAGACAAGACUUUGGAGGAGAUCGAUCUCAUUUUCGAAAAGCCCACUGCACAGAUCAUCAAGGAGAAUGCGGCCAGCGCCUGGGAGACAACCACAGACUUGUGCAGUUUCCGAUUCCGCAAGGUCUUCAUUGAUGGCCACGCACCGCGUCGGGCGAGUAUCGUUGAGCAAUUGGCCAACCGCCCAAUGCACUGA